AUGGAACAAACUGGUGUUCCUACUGCCUCAUUCUCAACAAUCACAGCUCCAAUCUUCGAUGGAGACAACUACCAAGCAUGGGCAGUGAAGAUGCAAGCUUUCAUGGAGGGUGCGGAUCUAUGGGAAGUCGUGGAAGAGGACUACGAAGUUAUUGAUCUACCCAACAAUCCAACUAUCAAUCAAAUCGGGUACCAUAAAGAGAGAGUAACCAGAAAAGCAAAGGCAAAAUCUUGCUUGUUUUCUGCCGUCUCCUCGACCAUAUUUACUAGAAUCAUGAAAAAGGAUUCAGCACAUGAUAUAUGGAAUUAUUUGAAGGAAGAGUAUGAAGGGGAUGAGAGAGUGAAAGGGAUGAAGGUGCUGAACUUGUUAAGGGAGUUUGAGAGGCAACAAAUGAAGGAGAAUGAGUCUGUGAAAGAGUUUGUUGAUAGGCUAGUUGAUAUAGCCAAUAAGAUAAGGGUCCUAGGGACGGAUAUAGAUGAUAAAAGGCUGGUUCAAAAGAUUUUGGUUGCAAGCUCUGAAAGGUUUGAAGUAACCAUUGCUUCUCUUGAGAACACUAAGGACAUUUCGGACAUUAAACUUGCUGAAGUCCUAAGUGCUCUACUGGCUCGGGAGCAAAGAAGGCUUAUGAGGAAGAAUGAGCCUAUCGAAAGUGCUCUGCAAGCCAAGCUGAAACCGCAUACCGCAGAAAAGGGAAGAGGAUGGAACCAAAAUAGAAGACAUGUUGAGGCCGGUCAUAGUCAUAGCCAGGGAGGUUCAAGUAGAGGUGGACACGAUAGGAAGUGGAAUGCGGUUCCAUGCAAGCAUUACGGAAAGAGAAACCACCCUCAUUUCAAGUGUUGGAAGAGACCAGAUGUGAAGUGCGGGAGGUGUCACAAAAUGGGCCAUGUUGAGGCCAUUUGCGGGGAAAAGCAUCAACAACAACAGGCUGAAGGUCAAACCGCAGUAGCCGGUGAAGUGGAGCACCCGUUUGUUGCCUCCUGCUUCAUCUCAAAUGCAUCUAGAGAUGGAUGGCUCGUGGACAGUGGAUGCACCAACCAUAUGACAGGUAAUGAAGGAUUAUUUAGCAAUUUAGACAAAUCUGUGAAGUCUAAAGUCGGGAUUGGUAAUGGAGAAUGCAUAGAAGUAGAAGGCAAAGGUGAUGUAGUGCUUGAAGGUCCUGGUGGUGUUAAGCUUAUCACAUAG